AUGGAGGAACAAUCCCUUGACAGGACCACCCUCGCCACCAUCUCGCUACUAGAGGCCCGUCUCCUGCGUAUCGAGCAGAUUCUGCACGGCUCAAAGUCCGGCCCAGUCCCAAAGCCGGCCGGCGACUCAGCCGUCGAGUCACUCGCCAACCUCGAGCGCCGCUUCGCGACCCUUAUAUCGCGCUUCCGCGUCUACGCCGACAUCCUCAAGCUCUACCGCACACACCCUUCCUUCUUCCAGUCCCCAACACCCGACGACCCAGCCCCUUCCCAGCUCGACACCGCUGCCCUCCGCGCCACCGUGCUCUCCUUCGCAUCCUCGUUCCCCAGCACCGUCUCCGCCCUCACAGCUGUCACAUCCGACACGCCUGUCCCAGACCCCAAGCUCAGCGCCGACCUGGUCGCCCUGCUGCCGCGCAUGAAGGGCGUCGAGGCAACACAGCUGGCCCAGGAGGCGGAGAUCGGAGAGCUGCGGGACCGCAGCGAGAGAGUUGUCAGGAAGUGGUAUGAGGAGAGGGUAGUAGGGUACGGCAGCUUCAUUGCCGACGCGGAGGGCCGGGUCGAGAGCGUGGAACGUCAGGUGAGGAGGGCGGAGGCCCUGAGGGACAAGGAGGCCGAGGCUGUUUGA